AUGCCUCGUCGGACUCUCUCACCACCCCAUUUUGAGCGCACUCUCGCGGACCUGGAGGAUUGGGCCCAUAAAACCGCCAUCGAGCCAUUAAAAUGGGAUGGGCCGGGUGCCGGGGAGCUGCGGAAAAUCGCUUCUCAACUCCAUGACAACUUGAAACGCCUUCUUCCGGGCUACGUGGAGGAUAACACUGAUAUUCUUGCAAACGAAAAAGUGCUCCGAAAGCUGAAUAGCCGAUGGAACGCUGUCAACUCCAAGGUGGUCAAGGGCAAGGAAGACGAAGGCGAGGAGCAAACCUUCGACCUGAAUUAUCUCGACGAUGAAGAUUAUGAGGAAUCAGAGGCUAUGGAGACAGAUAAUUCGGGAACGGAAAACAGCGACAUAGAAUACACUGGUGCAGAAGAUACCAGUGCAGGAGAGACCGAUUCAGAAGACACCGACGCAGAAGGUAUCGAUGCAGGAGAGACUGAUGCAGGAGAUACCGAUGCAGAAGACACAGAAACUGAGAAUAGACCGGGGGAGAAACUCAAGGGAAAUGUUCGUGAGACAAAGGCUCUUUCAAACUCCCCUGCUCGCUUCAUGGACCGACUCCUAGACACCUUGAGUGCGGCACGUCUGGCAACAGUGAGAGAGAACAGUACCGGAUCUUCCUCCCUAGCGACUGGUGCCUUUACACAGGCUUGUCGGCAGUUGAGAGAGGCGAUCGAGAGCGAGACCUCAUCUGCCUCUUUUGCAUGCGGGGGCAGCAUUCCGACCACGAAUCUCAUCGACUCCGAGCAAUAUGCAGCUGGACCUAUGUCGCCCCGUGUGCAAAUCGUUCACUGGGGUGAUGAGCACGAGUCCACCGCACAAAGGCUCACACUGCCGCUGCUAAACAUUGCCAGUGAUUCUUCAAUCCAUGGUCUCCAAGAGCUUGUUGAUGCUUGCCAACCUGCAAGCUUUGGUAGGGGUGGGCAGGACAUCCUUGACCCCGAAUACCGCAGGGCAGGCAAACUGGAUCCCGACCGAUUCCUGACGAGCUUCCAUCCAGCCGAUUUUGGCAUUAUCGAACUCAUCGAGCAGAUCCUUCUCCCUGGUAUUAGCAGCGAGACUGAAAAUCGGCUGCAGUUCCGCAAGCUCAAGGCUGAGUUGUACAAACUGAAUGUAUACUCGGGCCCUUCCGGGCAUUUCCGAAAGCACGUUGACACCCCACGCUCGGAGCACCAGAUUGGAUCACUUGUGGUUUGCCUGCCGUGCCAGUUUGAAGGAGGCAACCUGAUUGUGCAGCAUCACGGGCAGGAGACUAACUUUGACUGGAGCCGGCAGAGUAGCUCUGAUAUCCAAUGGGCGGCUUUCUACUCGGAUUGCGAGCAUGAGAUUGAGACUAUCAGAGCGGGCAAUCGGAUCACUCUCACGUACAAUCUCUAUGUACGGGAAAUGCCUGGUGCCAUACUUGCCCCUAUCCGUCCAGCCAUUGAUCCACGGGCUUUCCCACUCUAUGGGGUGGUUGAGAGUCUACUGAACACCCCUGGCUUCAUGAAAGAUGGCGGCGUGUUUGGAGUCUUCUGCUCUCAUGCCUAUCCCCACUCCUCGGAUAUAGCCGAGCUUCAACUCCCACGUGCCUUGAAGGGCGCCGACCUUGUUGUCUAUGCUAUUUUUGAAGCACUUGGUAUUGAAGUCAGCAUCCUCCCGGUCCUGGAAUACAAUGGAGACUAUGCAGGUAACCCUCAGCUGGGUGUCCCUGGGCAAGUCCCCAAGCCUAAGCGUAGGUAUGGGUAUCUGUCCCAGAGUGGAGGUUGGAAUCCUGUUGCAGAAACCUACCUGAAAGAGGGCAAAGAGGAUUCCCUCAGCUACAACGAAGUGUACCCUUGGAAGUCCAGCAGUGCACUUGACGUGGACCAGCACUGGAGACGGCUGCUGUUGACACGGGAAGAAGAAGGCCUAGAUGAGGUGGCUAACGAUAUCUGGCCGACAUACUACCUCCCGGGCAUUACCUGGCUCACCCAACCAAAGCAUGAGGAGAUGGCCUUUUCUCAGAUCUCUUAUGGCAAUGAAGCCAGCCUUGGUACUCGUUAUUCCUGUGCAGCGAUCCUGGCCGUCAUUCCGCCUUCUAGUCAGCGGGGCCAACAGAUGCAGAUGUAUUAG